UUGCUUUCAAUGCAGGUUCGGUAUGAUGUAUUUAACAGGACAAAUAGCAAUUACCCGUCAUGCUGCUCUAUUACCUGGUAUGUCUGAAACUCAACACGAUAAGAUUUUGAAAACCUAUUCUUACUUUCUGCUAAGCUUUUUCUCAAUUAUAGCUGUCGUCCAAUUGCAACUAUUUUAUGACUAAAUUUUCU